AGGAGGUUACGAUGCCAUCUGCUUGUCGUUUUAAAAGGUACUUAUUGAGUACUGUCAAAAUGGCGCUCAAAGCACAAGUCGGUCAAAAAAUUAUGAAUGAAGUCAUCAAACAGAAAAAAACAGCCAAAGCAGGAGCGGUGGAGUGGCGGAUCCUGGUGGUGGAUCAAUUGGCAAUGCGAAUGGUAUCAGCAUGCUGCAAAAUGCAUGACAUAAGUGCUCAGGGAAUAACUCUAGUGGAAGACAUAAAUAAGAAACGUGAACCGCUACCAACGAUGGAGGCCGUUUACCUCAUCACACCGUGCAAUUCAUCUGUACAAAAAUUGAUUGAUGACUUCAGUAAUCCAACGAGAACUGUCUACAAAGCUGCGCAUGUUUAUUUCACUGAAGUAUGCCCGGAGGAGCUCUUCAAUGAUCUCUGCAAGUCAAUAGGAGCUAGAAAGAUUAAAACCCUCAAAGAGAUCAACAUUGCAUUUCUUCCAUAUGAGUCUCAGGUUUUCUCAUUGGAUUCACGCGAGACCUUCGCAUGUUUCUACAACCCCUCAUUUAUAAAUCUGCGCAAUGCAAAUAUGGAGCGAAUUGCAGAGCAAAUAGCCACCCUUUGUGCCACCCUAGGGGAGUACCCAUCAGUGAGAUACCGAAGUGACUUCGAUCGAAACGUGGAGCUCGCACAGAUUGUCCAACAGAAGCUGGACGCCUACAAGGCUGAUGAGCCAACAAUGGGUGAGGGGCCUGAAAAAGCACGAUCCCAACUUUUGAUUCUCGACCGAGGUUUCGACUGUGUUUCACCUCUUCUGCAUGAGCUUACGCUUCAAGCUAUGGCUUAUGAUUUGCUUGACAUCGAAAAUGAUGUUUAUAGAUAUGAAGCAACCCAAGGGCAAGAAAAGGAAGUCCUAUUGGAUGAGAAUGAUGAAUUGUGGUUGGAAUUGAGACACGAACACAUUGCUGUCGUUUCAAACAAAGUGACGAAGAAUCUUAAAAAAUUCACCGACUCCAAACGAAUGCCUCAAGGGGAUAAACAGAGCAUGAGAGAUCUCUCUCAGAUGAUCAAGAAAAUGCCUCAGUAUCAGAAGGAGCUCAGCAAAUAUGCGACUCAUCUCCAUCUUGCCGAAGAUUGCAUGAAGCGUUAUCAAGGGAGUGUUGACAAGCUAUGCAAGGUCGAGCAGGACUUGGCAAUGGGCACAGAUGCAGAGGGUGAGCGUAUAAAGGACCACAUGCGCACCACAAUCCCAGUCCUUCUAGACCAGACAGUUACCAAUGUCGAUAAACUUCGUAUAAUAUCCCUCUACGUUCUCUCAAAGAACGGAAUAAAUGACGAGAAUCUAAGUCGCCUCAUUCACCAUGCACAGGUGUCUCCAGACGACAAGCAAACCAUUCUGAACAUGGCUCAUCUUGGAAUUAAUAUCGAUGGAAAAGGAAGAAAGCCUUAUCAAGUUCCACGUAAGGAGAGAAUUACAGAACAGACGUAUCAAAUGAGUCGUUGGACUCCUGUAAUUAAAGACAUCAUGGAAGAUGCCAUUGAGGAAAGAUUGGAUUCUAAACAUUUUCCAUUCUUGGGCGGAAGAGCUGCUAGCUCUGGAUAUGCUCAUGCUCCUACUAGCGUGAGAUAUGGACACUGGCAUAAGGACAAGGGUCAGGCGACAAUCAAAAACGUCCCACGAUUAAUUGUUUUUCUCGUCGGUGGGUUGUGUUUCUCAGAGAUACGUUGUGCUUAUGAGGUCACUAAUGCCGUUAAAAAUUGGGAAGUCAUUGUUGGAUCAUCUCACAUCAUAACACCAAAGUCUUUCUUGUCAGACUUGAGCAAAGUCCACGUCUAAGCUCUCAGGAAAAUUAAAAAAAGAAAACAAAUUGAAAGAUGGAAACUUGACUGAAAACAAUAUUAAUUCCCCCGAGUUAUGCAAUACGCAGGUCCGGACGCCUCGGUAAACAAUAAGGUGAUGAAGUACUGUGAAUUAUCGAUUGUAUGUCAAUUCAGCGUUAAAACUGCAGAUAAUUCACUGUAGCAUUCUAAUAAGAUUUAAGAUAAUUCGUUAAAUAAAAAGAAAUGAAGAUAAUUAAUCAAUUAAAUCCCUCCGUCUGAGGGUCACGAGGAUCAAGUGCCUGCGAGAUUUGAACAUCCGAAUUUUCAAAAUUUGUUAAUCGAAGUCGAAAGAAAUGCAUCACUUGAUUUCCAGAGACAUUUCCUAUUCUGAAUGCUAUUGAGCAAUUCAUUUUGUUCCUCCGGCUAUGAAAUCCUUAAUAUCUCAAUGAAGAAUUAAUUAAACCUAUCUCUAUAGUGUUCUCCAUCGACAAACUCUCCAGAUAAAAAUAUAAAAAAUUCUGAAGAUGCUAACUCGGGUCAUCCAAUUACCAUGAUUCACCAACAAAAAUUGUAAAAAGUAUUCGUUAUUUAUUUAAAAAAACAAUACAUUGAUCUUGCUCUCACGAUUACCCAAGAUCGAUAAAAGUGAACUAUAAAAAGUAGAAAAUCCAGUAUAAUUAAAUUGAUUGAUGAUAAAGAAUCAUAUUCACACUAAAGAGAAAUCAAUAAGAGUGCGUAUGCAGUAUUAGCGUGCGAAAUGCUUCAACUCACUGAUUCGUAGCUUUACAAUCACUUAGAUAGAAAUGCGUAGAAAAUCGAACAAAGACGUAAAUCAGUCAACUAAAUUAACAUUUGCCUUCGAAGUAAUUAUAAAUAUAGUAUUAAUUACUUCCAUUGAAUCUUGUUGUAUUAACGUUUGAAAUAUCUGGAUUUUAUCUCUGUUUAAAUGAUAAUACAUUCCGUAAAAGCACUUGUCUGUCCUUCAUGAUUUAUUCAAUGACGAAAGCACUCAUAUCAAAAGGGAAAUACACUCAUUAUUAAUGGAGUUACCAUACUUAAAAGGACGUUAAGUAGUUGUAGAAGAGAUUAAGAACUUUAUUUAUAACUUUUCCGACGACUUCAUUCAGUUCUUUGCAAAUAUUUCGAGAAGAAUUUGAUUUAGAAAAAAAUAGCCAAACCCAUUUUGUGUGCAAAUAUAAAUUGCUCACGAAUCAAUGACAUUUUGCUCUUUUCCUAGAGAGAUAAUUGCAAAGGAACCUACGAGUAAAUUUUUCAAGUAUAAGAUGAAAAUAUUUCUUUCUAUUCAUUAUAAAGGAAUAAUGAUUACAAAAAUUUAUUUGAAAAAUGAUAGGAAGAAGUUCUGAAGUCAAUGGAAGUAUGCCUGCUACCUUCUUAUCGUUCGCAAUACCAUAAUUAAUAAAUGAAACUAUUGAUGAAUACUACAAAACGUUGUCGUUGAACUAGCGGAGAUUACGAGUAGAUUUGCGAUGUUUAUAAUGUAUCAAAUGGAUGUACGUAGUUUUUAAAAACGAGAGUGAUAUGGGGCAGUAGGAUGACGACAAUGGCCUAUGUAUUACCGUCGUUGAAUACUUCAUUAAAAAUCUUUAAUUGUGUAUAAAUUUUCAUUUAGUCCAAUUCUGUGCAGUUGACGAGUUGAAUAAAUUAAUUUUGUCUUGAAAAAUGAAA